AUGUCACGAAUCGAAUCGAUUCCCGAAUUAUAUUUCGCAUCACGAUGGAAAUAUAAGGCUGAAGGAAAUGUUAACAUAAUUUUGACCUACGUUGUUCAGUAUAAUGAAAUUGAUUCUUAUGCACUCAAGUUGGGAACGGUGCUUCGAUUGCGGAAAUCGGCAAAAAACGCAGACACCAACGAUAUGGUUAAUAAAGAUGCUAUGAAUGCGAGUUUGUACGUUUCCACCGUGAUUGCACCACUCCUCGGAGAGUAUGUUGGCGAAUCGAUAUUAUUGGAAGUUCAGCCAAAGUUUUUGAGAGAAAUAGCAAAUCUUAUUUAUUCAAUGCGCCCCGCCAAACGUCUUCACAAAGAUAUUGAUUUCACUCAACGUUAUGCUAUUCUAAUUUCCGAUCAUACGAUAUUUGAUUUAGGUCCCAAUCCUUCACUGUCCAUAGAAUUAAAACCAAAGUGGGUAUUCUUACCAACCUCGCCGCAUAUCUCUCCCGAAAAUUCUCAAAAGCUACGAACCUGUCGAUUUUGCAUGCAUCAACAUUACAAACUUUUAAAUAAAAGUGAUGAACGCUUAUCAACCGUAACGGAAUAUUGUCCUUUAGAUCUUUUUUCGUUAGUUGAUGAAAGAAUGAAUAGGUCAAUCAAAGAAUUGCUCAAGUUCCCGGGACACACUUUAAAGUUGUUCUUAAGAGGCGAGCAAUUGCAAGUAGACAAGGAAGGUUGGCAGAGAGAGCUAUGCAAAUUUUUUGAGCUCGAUUUUUCCGGCGACCAGGAAAAAACUCAAGAUUGCAACGAUGUGAUCUUGGAUCUGUUGCACAUGUUGUUGUCAACCAUGUUUCGAGAGGAGAAAAAUUUUCUAAAUCGUUUAAAGCACCUUCAGAGUUCUCUCGAUGAGUUGGACAUUGAAGGUAUCUACAAGUACUAUGUGGCUCGACGAUCAAACUUUUCCGAUCCAACUAUAGGAGAGUGGAAAAUGGUGGUGGAUGAGUAUCUAAGACGAAUCAAAGAUCCAAGGGUUUCCGUUGGAAGGGAUGAUGACGUUUCAAUACGUCAACGACUUUAUGAGUUCCUAAUUUCGGCAACGCUGAAAGAUUGUUCUAUAAUGAUGACAUUCAAAAAGUCAACUGAGGCUAGCGGGAAAAUCGACUCAUCGAGUGCACUGUUCCCUCAAAAAACCCCAAAGGAGUUAUUACUUUCCCUCCAAGACUUUGGUAAAAACGUCAAAGAUUUCGAGGAAAAUAGCAAUCGCAAAAGAUAUUUGAAGGAUUUAUAUGACAAGCAUAGCUCAUAUGAAACUUCGUUUAAUUAUAAAAUUUUUGUUAUAGACCUAGACCCUAAACUCGUUUCAAAUAUUCCUCAUUAUCAUGAAUUAGAUGCAAAAAUCGUCGAAAAUUACACGAAAAAUUGCAAGACAAAGAAAACAUGUGUAGAGUGA